AUGGAUUACCAGGGUUCUGCUCCCGCUCCUCGCACCUGCUACACCUGCGGUGUCGUUGGCCACCAGGCCCGCGAGUGCCCCCAGAAGGGUCCCGCUAAGUGCUACAACUGUGGCAACGAGGGCCACCUGAGCCGUGAGUGCCCUGACGGCCCUAAGGACAACAAGUCUUGCUACCGCUGCGGCCAGCCCGGCCACAUCAGCCGUGACUGCCCCCAGUCCGGUGGCUCCAUGGGUGGCGGCGGCGGCGGUGGCGGUGAGUGCUACAAGUGCGGUGAGCUCGGCCACAUGGCCCGCCAGUGCCCCAAGGCCGGCGGUGGCUUCGGCGGCGGCUACGGCGGCGGUGCUGGCGGCUACUCUGGUGGCGGCGGCUACGGUGCUCCCAAGACCUGCUACUCGUGCGGCGGCUUCGGCCACAUGUCUCGUGACUGCACCAACGGCUCCAAGUGCUACAACUGCGGCGAGAACGGCCAUUUCUCUCGUGACUGCCCCAAGGGCGGUGAGGGUGGUGACAAGAUCUGCUACAAGUGCCAGCAGCCCGGCCACAUCCAGUCCCAGUGCCCUUCCGCUUAAGGGACUGAGACUUGUCGGUGAAGAGUCAACUUCUGUCCGGAAUGGACGGCAAGAAUGAAUGCUCGCUGUGAAAGCCAUUGCUAUGGCUUCGCCGCGACACGGACUCGAGUUCUCCGACGAGCGCUGUUUGUUUUGACAGCUAUGUAUACUGGUCUUCCCCUCUUUCGACGACCACACGGCACACGGUAAACGAUAUCGGCACAAACGGAAAAGUUUUUCUUGUCUCAGAAAAGCAUGAAUCACGGACUUCUUUCUCACGCACAACAUGAUACCUCUCGCGCUCGAUUACGAUGCAUCUUGGCUAUCGGCCCAAGAUGACCGAAUCGUUGGAUGAUGAUGGCACGAACGAAACGGGGACGCUUGCGGGUGGAUCGUUUUCGAAACUCGCUUUCGAUUCUGGUGGAUUCGGACCUGGGCGGACAUGGCGGUUGGGGGAGUGGCAGAGCUCGCUGCUGCUUUCUUGGCGGUGGAUGAUCCCAGACGGUGGUUCCCGUCAGGAUCAAGACAGGGAAUGCGAAGUCUGCGUUGCACAAUUGUG